UCGGAUAAUUUGGGUUGCUGGGUUUGGGAUUUUGGGUUAUUUUUAUUUAUAUAAAAUUUAUAUUAUAUUUUAUUAGUGUAGAUAUGUUUUUUAUCAUUAUGCUACGAGAAUAGUUCAUAAGUUCUAUGAUGCCUUUUAAACCUGGCUUCUAUCGUUUUGCGGGUAGUUUUUCAGUUUUCCUAUUGAUGAAUUUCAGCCCAAGUUAAUCAAUGAUGGAUGACAUACCGCCUGGUCUAGAUCCAGACGAACUUAUGGAUCUAGAGGAACCAGAAACUUAUGAAAUCGAAGAAGAAGAUGAUGAUAUACCUGAUGAUCCAGCGGCGUCGCCUUUUCAGCAAUUUUCCUCCGGUCCAGCUUCCAAUGCUACAUCCGCCACUUCCUCGCCUAACGAUGACUUUCCGACGCCAUAUAAUUUCACAGGGAAACCCCUUACCAUUAAAAGGGGCAGAGGUCGCCCUAGAAGGGAAGGAGGGAAACCAUCUAGAAGAGGGGGAACGGGCAUGCCUAGAGUGAGAAGGUCUCGACCCUCAGGGUUUUCUAGAGCCAGAGGGUCAAGGAGUGUUAGACAACCAGAUAGGAUGGACUAUGAUUUUCCUUAUCUCGGGCCCAGCUCAAUGGAUGACUUAGCACUAGCUGAUCUUGAGGGAUUUUUUUUUCCAGACCGAGAUCGGGCUUUUCCACCACUCGACGAAUUGCCUUAUGCUCCUGAAGCAUGGCCUGGGAAGGUGUGCGCUUUAUGCAAUCUCGGUGAACGUAGUCAGUUAGGACAGGGCGAAAUGCUCCGCUUGAACUGUCCGGAAGGUUUUACUCCCCAGAGAGCACCGAGCGAAUUUGGCAGUUCGUCUAAUCAACAGCAUGAAAGAGAUGCGGGUGAUAAGAGUCCCCGGGGUCCUGUUACUUGUCGACGGAAUAAAAAUUUCAACAGAAGCCGUAGUUUCUUUUCAAAUAACGAGCACAUCGACGAGCUGACGAUCAUCGGAUAUACGGAGGAGCCGAGCGUUAAUAUACUGUACGAACCCAAUGGACAGUUCUACAUUCAUAGAAAUUGUGCCUUAUGGUCAAAUGGCGUCACUAGAGCCGAAAACCAAGCGUUAGAAAACGUUGGUCCUGUCGUACUAAAGAGCUCAUCGCAGAAAUGCUCAUUCUGCAACCAUUUUGGUGCCAGUUUGCUGUGUAAAUCGUCGGGUUGUACCAAAAUCUACCACUUUCCGUGCGCCACCGCCUCCGGGGCGUUCCAGGACUUGACCACCCUUAACGUUUAUUGUGGGACACAUCUGGGAGAAGCCGCUACACUCGAAGCGGCAAUUUGUUACACGUGUAAAAAUGUGGGGGAUAUAGCGAACCUGAUGUACUGCUCCACUUGCGGACUGCAUUACCACGGCAGUUGUGUCGGUUUAGCCCAGUUACCUGGUGUGCGAGCCGGCUGGCAGUGCAGACGGUGCCGCUCGUGUCAAGUUUGCCGUAUAGCGGGUGACGAGACGAAGCUCAUGAGCUGCGAGCAAUGCGACAAAGUUUACCACGCGAGCUGUCAAAGACCGAUCGUCACCUCUAUACCGAAAUACGGGUGGAAGUGCAGGUGCUGUCGAGUUUGCGGCGAUUGCGGGUCAAGAACGCCCGGUGCCGGCUUAUCGUCCCGAUGGCACAUGCAUUACUCGGUAUGCGACUCCUGUUAUCAACAAAGAAAUAAAGGCUGUUGCUGUCCGAUAUGCCAGAAGGCGUAUAGGUCGCACGCCCAUAGGGAAAUGGUGCAAUGUACUUUAUGUCGCAAAUUCGUUCAUGGAAAAUGCGAUCCGGAGGCCGAACUGGCCACCUAUCAGCAGAAAAAAGACGCGAACCCGGAAUACGACUAUUACUGCCCGAAUUGUAAAUCCACUCAACAGCAGCACUUGCAAUUCACCGCUCGCUCCUUAAUGAAUAAAAGAACUAGUAUAGACGACUCGGGAGACUUCUCGGCCUCGCAAGAGUCCCUAUACGACGACAUGUCCGAGUUCGAUUUGCCUUACGAUGACUUUUACAAGGGCACGGGCCUCGGAAAGGGAAAACCCUUUGCCAGCAAGAUCGCCAAGAAGAAACUGAGCUAUUCGAUGGGCAAACCGGGAAGACCGAAAGGCAGUUUCGGCAAAGGAGGCGGGACGGGCAAACAGGGAUUCAUGAAACGUCAACGGACCGUCGAUUUCGUGCGGAAACGGGGGGCGAAAGCGAAGAUCCGCGGCAUUUUCGGGGUUCCCGGUGUCGGACUGUCACGUCCCGUGGCGGACGGAAAAAACGACGAGGAACCGGGAGUGGAGAAUCGAUUGGUACUGUGUUCGGCAAAGGAUAAAUUUGUUUUGACCCAAGACAUUUGCGUAAUGUGUGGCGCCUUAGGUACCGAUCAGGAGGGAUGUCUUAUUGCCUGUGCGCAAUGCGGUCAAUGUUAUCAUCCGUAUUGCGUCAACGUUAAAGUAACCAAGGUUAUUUUACAAAAGGGCUGGAGAUGUUUGGAUUGUACAGUGUGUGAAGGUUGCGGCCAAAGGAACGACGAAGGUCGUUUAAUUCUUUGUGAUGAUUGUGAUGUGUCUUACCACACUUACUGCAUGGACCCCCCUCUGGACUAUGUGCCUCAUGGAAACUGGAAAUGCAAGUGGUGCGCUUGUUGUCGUACCUGCGGCUCUUCCGAUCCCGGAUUCAACAGCACCUGGAUGAACGGGUGCACCGAGUGCGGCCCCUGCGCCUCAAUGGUACACUGCCCCAGUUGUAACGAAUCUUACACCGAAGGCGAUUUGAUUAUACAAUGCGCCCAAUGCGAACGCUGGCUGCACGGCAUGUGCGAUUUAAUCAAGACCGAAAUGGAUGCAGAUAAAUGUGCCGAAGAAGGUUAUACGUGCGUGUUGUGCCGUCCCCGAGAUGUACCGCCCCCGCAUUUAAUUCCGCCCCCGGUCGCUCCCAAACCGCUGACGCCGACUAAAAGUCCCGAAGUUCGCAGCAUGCAGGCGAACAUUUGCGUGGACGGCGUGUUUCUGAGCGAUUCCGGGCACAGUUUGAUCAAGUCGCUUUCUUUAGAGUACCACGGUACCCGGAAGAAAAGGAAGAAGAUCCCCACCGUUGUGGACAAAGAGGCCGGCAUUUUGGCCACUAUAGAGUCCGUUGUAGCGGGAGGAAGUGCAGGAGAAAACAGUUUUGACGACACCAAAAUGGAUAUGUCGGAUAUGAAAGAAGAACCGCAAGAACUUUACAAGGAGGGCAUGAUCUGGACCAAGGAGGACGGUUCACCGCCCGAGGGCUUUACCGUCUUCACAUUAGAAAGCGGUAUUUGCGUGUUAAGAAGAAAACGACAAAGAAAUUUACAGAAAUUGGGCAUCGGGGGAUUUUUGGUGCGCAUGAGGGGAUUUAAGAGUGGCCAGGAAAACGACGAUAUCGACACUUUACCGGGACAGAGCGCGGCCAACGAAGGUUCUCUGACACUCACCACGCCCCUACCGGACGGUGAUAAACCGAAAAAGAAACCGAUCAGACGCAAACCGAAGUCGAAACUGAGCGAAACGUUUCCCCCGUACCUCCAAGAGGCCUUUUUCGGCAAAGACCUGAUGGACGUCACAGAUUUGAAGAAGGAGAUGGAGAGCGGUAGCGGAAGCGACGACGACAGAAGUGUCUGCGAGAGGCAUCAACCCAUAAAACUAAGCGAGGAGGAGCUUUUAGCCGUCCAAACCGCUAAGCAAGACAAGGACUCCGUAGCUUACCAAAACAAAAGUUUGCUAAGCAAUAUCAAAGAUGAAAAGAUAUGUUUGAUUAAAGAGGAGGACGACGAUACCAGCGAAGAUUUGAAAGACGUGUUAGCUUUACCUGGUGAUCUGUUGGACACCGAACUGGUGAACAGUAUUAUUAACGAAGACGAUGAGCUAAGCAAGAAUCCGGAGUUGGACGCUUUGGCUGACGAUGACGGCGAACUCCCGCCAACCCUAGGGAGUUCCGAGAACUCGAAAGAUGCCAAGGACGAGCUCAGCGAUAUUCUCGGCUCUCACUUCUCGUUAGAAUCUAUGCCCAAUAUAAACAGCAAAGAUGUUGAAGAUAUUUUUAAGGGCGUCCUUACCGACGAGUCUCAAGAGUCGCAACUAUCCCAAGACGCCGGCAUGUUCUCGAGCGCCCAAACGCAGACCCAACCGCCGAUUCUGCCCACGUCGCAGCAAGGUUCGAUGUUCGUGGGGGCGGCCGCCCCUCCGCCGAUGCAGUCCUCACAUGCCGCCCCUCAGAUGCACAUGCCGCCCACCGCCGCCCCCGCUCCACCCGUCAGACCUACCGCGUUACCGGGGGUGCAACACGUCAGUUUUCCGCCAUCCCCGUACCAUUCGGAAUACAGCAAUAGUCCUCAGUUUAGUCCCGCAUUCUCCGAACCUCCCAGCCCGUGGGUGAACGUAAAUGAAGGUUUGGACAUGGACAACGCUACCGUAAACGUGACGUCCACCUAUAACCAACGAUCUUCGGAAAAAAUGAAGGCGGACGAGGGUCUGGGCAGCGGGGCUACAAUAUCAGCGGUCCUUUAUGCCAAUAUGAACCAACCGGAGUGGAAAACCGAGUUUCCCGUCUGGUCGGAUAGGUAUAAGCAGAUAAUUAAAAAAUGGCGGACCCUUAGUCAAGAACAAAAGGCUCCGUACCUGCAACAAGCACGAGAUAAUCGAAGUCAGUUACGUAUGAAAAAGCAACAGCAGUCACAGAACAGCAAAGAAACACCCGCUACCGCCCCCGUAACCGCCGCACCGAGUAGCGCGAAGCUGCCCGCCCCCGUGGCGCAACAACCGCCCCCUCCGAUGAGCAAUUUACCCGCCCCCGGCGUCGGACCGGGUUCUUCGACGCAGUACAACAACCCCAUAGCUACCGAGGAACAGGAGAAAAUUUCGCAACAGCAAAAAUCGGCCCGGGAGGCUGAACAGGAGAGACAGUGGAAACAGUUGCAGGCGCUUAGACAGCAACAGGCUCAGCAACAGCAGCACGUCAUACAAGAGCAACGGGUACAAGCAAUAACAAGAGUUCAACGGUCAAUCUCCGAUCCGUCGUCGCAGUUCCUGCAAGGAAACCAAACCAGUCCUUUGCAAGUGUCUACGGGCGCGCAAGAGACCAGUCCGGCCGCCUCACCAUCUGCCCGACAAUUUAUCGGUAUAAAAUCGCCACCAUUCGCCCAUCCCUUAUCCCCAUCAACUAAUAUCCGUACCCCAACCUCUUCACAGUCCCCGAUCCACGAAUUCCAAACUCCCAAUCAACCUACUCAGCAGCAACAACAACAACAAUUUGAAUCCGAUAGUCUUAGCGAUCAUAAUAAUGCAAGCAGUGCGGGUUUGCCUAAAAUGGACGUUUCGGUAGGCAACGACUCGUUUGGACAACAGGUCGCACAACCACCGUUUAUUGGACCUCGUCCUGUCUUACAGCAAGCCCGACCAAAUCAGCCGGAGAUAUCUCAACAAUUGCGCGACUUACUGCAGCGACAGCACCAGCAACAGCUGCAAGGUAAACAACCGCAAAGGAUUUGGAAUCCCGCCGAUCCCAAUGCGGCCGAGGUCGUUGGCACAGCAACUGGCGAAGAUAUGACCUUUAGGCAACCUUUACCCCCCGGAUCAACCAGGCCAAGAAUACCGUUGUCGCUUGGAGUGCGCCCCGGCACCAACAUUCGCAUUCAGCAAAUGGAGAGUCGACUUGCCAAUCUCGAUCCACGGUUAAGACUUAUUUUGCAACAUCAGCCCAGAAUGGCGGGUCACGGGCAGCAGCAGCAGCAGCAACUGCAGGUGGGCGCGGCGUUACGUUUCGCAGACCCACGCCCGGGCACCAUCGAACACCACGAAUUGCUCCUGCAACGACAGGCGCAACUACAAGCCAAGAAUACCGCACUGGAGCAAAAUUCCAACGUUCCCAACGCUCGCUUGGCAGUCGGUGGAGUCCAAAGUGUUAUUCAGAGGCCCAGUCAACAAGCGGUCCAAGUUUCACAAACGGCAAACCAGGCGACAAACGACCAAGAAAUACCAGACAAUGUUACAGCAGAAAUAGAAAAACUGGAACAAGAAACCGGUACCAUGGCCGAACUUCAAGGGGUCAGCGAAAUACUGGGAGGCCUGGGCGACGAUGACGACGAACUACUCGCCGAAAUGGGAGCCGAUUUUAAUAUCCUGGAGUACGCCGAUCCCGAACUGGAAGCCCUCGCGGGCGAGAAAACCAACAUCCUGGACUUGGACCUGGAGGAGGACCAUUUAAAACAGGAGAAGAAAAGAGCGGCUGCACGUCCGCAGCAAAAGCCCGCUCAAGAACCUUCAACCGCGCCCGUACAGCCCGAAACACCUUCUACAGAAGUAAAAGAAGAGACAAAAGAGCCUGUCAUGCAACAGCCAGCCAAUAGUCAGGUCAAUACAGAGGAGGUUCCUAAACCGGACACCUCCAUGUUAUCGUCGCAGAGCCCCGUUAACCCUUCGCCCCUGCCGCACCAAAUGCACAGGGACAAUUUGCAAUCGCCGAACCCCUCCUUGGAACUCAAUUCCGAGCAGCAGCAACGGCACUUGUCGCAGAACCAAACUGUAACUCAGUCACAGUCGGCUCCGGCUGUAACGAAUCAGGUGUUAGAGCCGUCGCAGCAUCAACAUUUGCAGCAACAACUUCAACAACAGCAACAGCAGCACCAUCAGCAACAGCUCCAACAGCAACUUCAGCAACAAUCUCAACAAGUACAACAGCAGCCACAACAGCAACAGAUUUCCCAACAAACACAACAGCAACAACAACAACAACCUGCUCCCAUCCCAUCCCAUACCUCUAACCUUGCCGCGACCGCUCAACAAAUCCACCAACAGCUGUUGCAUCAGGUAGGAUGCAAAAUGUCAAAAUAUGUCCAGCAAGCCGCUGCCGCAGGCAAACCGAUGCCUCCCGGAUCGAAGCUUCAAACUCCCGACGGUAUUGUCGGGGUCGUAUUGCCGAAUAAUAACGUUCAGCUUCAGAUCCCCCCCAACUUUCAUCAAAGGCUACUUUUACAACUGCAAAACCAGAAGCUACAAAUGCGCGUGGGACGACCUCAAACACGUCCGGGCCCGUCCAACUUGAACCAACCGGUCGCUACCGCCGCCCCCGGUCAAAUACCGAGACCCCGGAUGCCGAUGUCCACGCAGCAGCCGCCUCCGCCGCCCCCGCCUUAUCCCGGACCGCCGCCCCCUUACCCGGGUAACGUGGCUGCUCAACAACACGCCCAGCAACAGAUGGGAUUGAGAUUGGGGCCCGGUUUUCCUCGUCAGUUGGGGCUCGUGCACCCCAUGGCGCAGAUCGGAUGGCCCCCGGUGCACCCGCACUUUGACAGGAGACCGCUUUUACUCGAGGAACAGCCGUUGCUUCUGGAGGACCUGCUCGAGCAGGAAAAGAGGGAGCAGCAAAAACAAGUAGUGCAAAAUCCUCAGACCGGUCUCACGAGGGGCAACGAAUCGGAAUCGUUGCUCAGCGACCAGGACUUUGAACGACUUAAAGCUGACGUGUUUAAUAGUGGACCAGUUGGUGAUCCAACAACUCAAGGUCCUCCAGUGGGUAUGCAGCAGCAGCAGCAUCAACAACAACAACAACAGCAACAACAACACUGGCAGCCCAAUCGACAAGUGCCCUCGAGUCCCAGCACCCAAUCGACCACAGAAAUCACCACCAGAAUUCAGAUGUUCAACGCGAACUUAACGCCUGCGCCCCCUUUGCCCCCCGAAAACAUCGUAACGGAACACGACAAACAUACCCAACUCGUAUACGAGCAAUGGCUCAACCAUCAGAACAACGUCUUAACUCAGCAGCUGAGGUAUUACGAGACCGAGGUGCAAAAGUUACGCAAGAGCAGAAAAUCGUUAAACAGCAAACAGAGACAACUGAGAAAAACCGGCGGUCAAUUAAACGAGGUCGACUCGAACGAGUUGCAACGGAUCUCGGCCGAACAGGCGAUCUUACAGAAGAACUUGGAGGCGAGCAGGAAGCAAAGUCGACAACACGCGAUGCUCAUACAGGUCUAUAUGAAGGAAUAUCGAAACAAACAACAACCGCAAAAACCGAUGAUGGGAGCGCCGACUGGCCAAAUGGCGUCUCCUUUGGCCCCGCCCGGAUCCUCGCCGAUCCACCAUCCUACGGCGAGUCACUCGCCCAUGUUGUCACCGCAGCAAUCGCCUCUAGCCCAACACAAUUCGCCGAUGAAUAGUCCGGGAUCUAUGAUCGUGCAUUCGCCCGGACACGGUUCGGUUGCUGCUCUGCUACAAAGUCCUAGUGGCAGUGUCUCGCCUAUACAUACGGCGUCCAGGAUUGGCACUCCCUUAUCUCAAGAAGGAAGUCCAGGACCAGUGCAGUCACCCUCUCAAGUGUGUCUUCCACCUCCGGCACCCCGGAUGACUUCGCCGCAACACCGUCGAGUCGUAACCAGCCCCGUCGGUUACACGGGCGACAUCAGAAGCGGAGUUACGCAGGUCCGUUUCAUGCGACCGGCCAUGGAUCACUCCUUACAACAACGCAUCCGAAGCCAAAGCCCUUUGCAAAACUUCCCGCAAAAAGUCGGCACUCCCUCGCCUCUUAACAGUCCUCCGCUAAACGCUUUGUCGCUGACCCAACAGCAAAUAUUACAGAAACAGUUGCACCAGCAAAGUCUACAGCUCCAGCAACAAAACUCGGACCAACAGGAUCCGAACGUGUUACACUCCGCGCGGGUGGCGCAAUUAAUUCAGCAACGGACCUUAAAUCGGCAAGUCAGUCAGGCCCAAGGACUCCAGCAGCCCCAGACGAUGACCAUGCAACAGCAGCAACAGUUGCUAGCGAAACAACAGCAGCAAAUAACGAUGCAACAGCUACAGGCGCGGCUUAGUCAGCAACAGCAACCCCAGCAGCCCGCGACGCCUCAAUCUCCGAUGCCUCCAAAAAGUCCUUCGAUGCACAGUCAAGCGACCAUGUCUCCGCAUUCGAUGCCGUUGUCCCCUAUGCCCCCUAAAAGCCCCAUGAUGGGUUUUAAUACACCCGGUUCGCCCGUAACCAGAACCAAUUAUCAGCAGGGAGGCGGGGGUAGCAGUCCCAUGAUGCAUCAGCACUAUCAAACACCAAAUUCUCCGAUUAUUCAUUCGCCCCAUACCGUGCGAAGACCGCCUAGCGCGAGCAGCAGCCCAAUGCCCGAGAGACCUACGAGUGUGGAAAACCCUUCGACCCCCAGGACGCCUUAUAGCAUGGAUCAUUUCAAUGAUAACAUGCAAACCGGCGGUGGAAAUCCUAAUAAUCCGAUCCCGUUACCUCCAGAGGGAUUUGUUUAUUACAAACUGGGAUUGAGGGGCGGGGCUCCGAUGUGGAGCGGGUUCGGUCGAGGAGAGAAGCGAGUCCCGACUCCCCCUACCAGUUCAAAUAGUAGUGCUGAUUCGGAGCGGUUUAGUAAUGAUAAGCCGAAAAAAGAGUCGCAUAUCAAUAAAGUGUCUAUUUUAAAGAAGAAAACUGUGGUGCCUAAAGGAAGCCCUAAAGGGUUUUCCGGGAACAAAAUUGCCUCAGAUUUUGACGAGUAUGAUGGCUCUUCGUCGCCCUCCCCGGCUACACCGCCUGCUCGAAGGCAAUUAUUGAAGCAAGACAUUUCGGGGGAAAAACCGUUGCACCUGCCCGAAAUGGUGGACUAUGAAGACGAUAAUAGCACAAUAUUAUCAUCCGAAAUAUCUCUCAGCUCGGCAGUGCAACAAAACGACGAUGAAAUCGAAAUUACCGAAACCCUAUCUCAGAAUGAUAUAGGAGAAGGCUUGUCAAGCCCCUUGGAACCCGAUAAGAUCUCCGACGAGUAUCUACUUUUUAACGAGAACAUGGUUGAUAUUGCCGGAGGCGUGCACUAUAGUGACAAAGAGGAAACCGAAGAUGAGUACGCGAAUAUCGUCAUUCGCAGCCCCACCACCAGCGACGACGAGUUCAUAAUGCAAGGGCGAUCCAAGAAAUAUAAUCUUUUAAACAUGUCACCGGAACAAGACGUCACGGAACCGGAUGAUGACGAGGCCAGUCAAACGUUCGAGGAAUCCGAAGUGGUGGUGAUCGAGCAACCCACCAAAUCCCCCGAAGAGCAAAUCUCCACCAAAGAAGACUUCGAGCAACUAAUAGACGAGGGGUCCAGGAAGGAAAAAGUGAAACCCGAACCGAAAACCACUAGCGCGGACUUUCAAAAGUUCACCACGGCGAGCGUGUACGGUUUCCCGCCGAAAGAAACCGUCACCGUGGCACGCGCCUCGCCUGGACAAAAAAUCUCCCUAAUCACCGCUGCCCCGGCUAUUCUACAAAACUUGGCUGCGAGGACUUCCAGUGCCGGAUCAAAGGUCACCAGUAUCAUAUUAACUCAUAGUGCGGUCCAGAGCAACAUACUAAGGGUGGCACCCAAGUUGGUCACCUCCUCGCCUAUUACCAUUGUAGGGGCAACCGGGACCACACAAAUCGCGUCUAUUUUACCCUCGAACAAGUUUACUGUGCCGGUCAUAAGCGCCAGCGCGGUCAGACAGUUGCCUAAUGUGAAAGUGAUUGAUAAACCGUCCUCGUCUAUAUCGUUGUCCACGCACGAUAGUGUAUUGCCGAAGAAUAUUUUCGAGGAGGACUCUACGUCGCCUGAUGGUGAGGACAAGAAGAAUGUAUUCGAGGAGAAACUGAAGAAAGACUUAAAAAUGCCUGUUUUCACUAAGGCUAUAUUGAGCACGGCACAUAAAUCAUCGGACAAUCAGAGAUUGGGAAAGCAUAGAAAAGUAGAAACUGUUAGCAAUAAAGAGAAAGUCGUUUUAACGAAAUCAACUACUAGUGGUGGUGCCCCGGUAAUAAUUCACCACUCUACUCCCGAGCUAAAAAUGACCGCGCAAGUUAUUCAAGAGCCCACGCAUAUGCACAUAACUGCUACGGAAACGGUGAAUUCGUUUGAUGGUUCAAACGAGGAUAAAUCUGUAGUCAUUUCCAUACCGUCACCAACUCCGUCACAGGAACAGAUGCUUGAUAAUAUAGCUCUACAAGCACUAGAAGAUAACCGACGCAGAGAGUUCGAAUCGAUCGACGACGUUCUAGACAUGAUUGAGAAGAUGCAACAUUCCGAUAGUCCGGAGGUAAACAACGGAGACCAUAAGCAACAAGCACCAAAGCCUGUGAGAAGCUUUGAAAACAAAUCAAAAGAUUCUGCACAGGUGGAAGUGAAUAUAAACGUGUCAGCGGCAAGUAAGCCCAACAUCCCGCAACUUUCCCCGCUAUCCCAGCCGACCGAGUUAACCACGAAUAUGGCGAACGCUUCACAGCAACUCAGAAGCCUUUUGUCAAAUAUUCAGACUACCACGAUCGCCCAUAGCUCUUGUGCAGAUUCCGUUGUCAAAACCUCGCAUCAGAAGGCGGUUUCAACUGCGGCUACCUCAGUUGUUGCCUCAAGGGUCAUUCAGCAAGCACCCGCGAGCACUGUUAUAGUAAAACAAACGAAAGCCUCACCUAAGGGCCCGUUUAGAACUGCUUGCGGCGGCAUUUCGGCACCCGCCACUGAAUCAGCGACCAGUAGAACUGAAAAAGCCACCGAACAAAAUUCCAAACAAACAGACACCGCUUCUUCUGGAAGCGAUAUUUCCAGAAAAGCUUCCCUUACUUUAACGGCGAUGUUACAGAACCAACCUGCGGCCGCCACACCCACCACAAAAAUAUCAGUGGAGAGUAUUACAGCGGCUAGUUUAUUGGCCACUCCGGUUAGCUUGUCCCGAACCAGUUUCUCACCAGCUUUAGCACAGGCUCAACCGAACGCCAUAAUAUCCGCCAUAAGCAGUACGGGGAACGCGAACCAACCAGCGGUAGCACCUCAGUUCAGAACGACCAAUUUACUGCACACGCAACUCACUAAGUCGAGAACGCCAUCUGUCGAUGACGUGGCUGAUAUUAAAACGGAAGAUCCCAAACCGGAUUCGUCCAAUAGCGAAUCUGAUUUGAUUUCGAGUAUUAAGCAAGAGCUUGCGGCCGGUUGUAAGUACCCCAUGGUCACUUCCUCAUCGCAGCACGUGAAAACCGAGGAUUCGAAUGUGCUUUUAAAGAAGCUUUUGCAGAAUACCGCCUGUGCGAGUACCCAAUCGCCACCUCCAGUUUCUAAUAGUGCCAUCAUAACCACCGCGGCCUCCUUGUCGGAACAGAAACCCGCCACGCCCACCUUAUCCUCGCUUUUACCUCCAGUAGAAAAAACCAACCCGCAACAAGUGGUGGUGACCUCUUCGCUCACCAGCAGACCAACCAACAUGCAACCAUCCAGAGGUCCAAUACGAGAAACUUCGUUCGUUUCCAGUCCAGUGAUACCAACUAACCCGGCUACAUCAGAGUCUAAUCAACAACAAUUACACAUAGAUACGUCUAAAAAAUGCGCUCCUCCAAGCAGAUCUUCUAGCAGGGACGAACUGCUCUCUCCGCCUACCCCCAGAUCAUCUUGCAGCCAAGACUCGAGUCUACAAACCCCUCCAUUAGUGAUUAAAAAAGAAAUGCUGAGUGCUGAAAUAAAAAAGGAGCUCAUAGACGAGACGUCUCAGCACUCGGAGGUGUCCGACCAAGGCAAGUCGGAUGCGGUGCAAAUCAAGGAGGAGCCGGAACCUGGUGACCUAAACCCCGACAAAGCCAUCAUAGACAAGGAGGAGCUCAAAAAACAAAAGAGACGCAUGUACAAUCAAAAGAGGCGCCAAAACAUGCUGCUCAAUAAAGAGGCGAAUAACAAACCAAACAAGAGGCCUCGUAAGAACUCGAAAGCCGAAGAGGAUUACGACACUUAUAUCGAUAGCGUUUUGAAUCAGAUAAGGCACUUGCCUCCGAUGAUCGUUUCGGAACCGUUACUUCUAAGGAACUAUGGGGUCCUGCCGGUGUUCGGCUCCGGUGACAUGUCCAAGAUCGGAACCAAAGCUUACGACUACAGGUUCGGUGAUUUGACGGGGAGUUACGGUAACGCCUCACUUCCCGGUUGCUCGGACUUUUACAGUACCGAACCCUAUGGCGACGACGAGCCGAUUCCCGAAAAACCUCCCGCCUCCACCCAAAGGGGCUUCUACGACGAAGAAUUCCCCCUUAUCAAAUUCGACAAUCCCGAUAAGAAAAAGUUCGAUUUGUUCUCCAGAGAGGACACUCCCGAUUCUAUCGUGAGCUGUUCGUCUCCCGAAUGUGCUCCCCUCAAUAAAUCCGACGAUUAUCUCGGUUUGCGGUUCAUAAGUGACGACGAAGAGGACCGCGUUAAGGGCCGGGUGUCCCCUAAACUGGCCAUAGUAAAACCGAUCGCGAUCCGUCUUAAACCGGCCGGAUUAUUCUUGAAGGAAACCUCGGGGGAUAAUAAGGAGAAUAAGGAGAGCAAAGAAUAUCAUCAAAUCGCAAAUGAUGUGGUUAAGGAGAUGCAACAAGAGAAAUUGAAACCGGAACCGCCCGUCGCGGAUCCGAUGUCCGCAGAUGAUAACGUUAAAGUCACUUUGACGUUGACGUCCAGUGCCGCGGAAGAUAUCGUCGGGGUGCUCAGGGACUUGGCGAAUAUUUUACAAAUUCCGCCGCCCACUUACGAGGUGAUCGAUCGGGGUUGUUCGUCGAAGUUGGGACUGUAUCGGACCAAGGGAAAGGACGGAAAAGAAGGCGCACCGAUCGAUAUUCAGAGUAUCUUAAACGGAGCCGCCAAAUUUUGCAAGCAUUGCGACGUCGUGAUUCUCAACAAGUCUAUAAAGAAGAAACUGUCCGAUUUGCCAUUUUUAGCCAAGGAUUUCGAGCUGUUAGGCGAGGGCGAGGAAUUAUUCUUCUGCAGCUCGGCGUGUUACAUGCAGUUCGCUUUGACCAAUAGAUCACCUUCGAUAUCCGAGGAUAAGGCGGCCGCUAUCAUUGACCACCUGUCACAAAAAGACCGAGAAAACAUCGAACCGUCCAAACAAAUCAACAUCGAAGCCUACAAUCAGACGCAGUUGCUAGAAGACCCUAGACACCCGAAUUUCAGCCCUUACUUCGGUUUGCCUUUGAAGCAAGGACCGAACAAGUUCGACCUCCCGAAAACGGAACCGAUUAGGAGCCACCGAAGUACCGCUUAUAAAUUUUGGACCCCGGGAUGCCUUCAACCCAACGUCAAACAUAAGAAACACACCGAUAAGGAACUGAUGGAGAUGCUUUAUCAGAUGGGUAUCACCGUUACUCCGCCCAAGAUUCCGGACGAUUCGAGGAAGUGUAUGUUUUGUCAAGUGAUUGGCGAUGGUGUAGCGGACGGCCCCGCACGUCUCCUCAACUUCGACGUGGACAAAUGGGUCCACCUGAAUUGCGCCCUCUGGUCCGACGGAGUCUACGAAACCGUAAACGGCGCCUUAAUGAACUUGGAGAACGCGAUGCAACAAGGCCUGACGACCGCGUGCAUCCAUUGCAACAAAUACGGGGCCACCAUUCGUUGCUUUAAGAAUCGCUGCUCGAACGUUUACCAUUUGUCUUGUGCCGUAAGGGACAAUUGCGUCUUUUACAAAAACAAAACGGUGUACUGUUCGUCGCACGCGUUAAAGAACGAGAAGGACAACGAGUUGACCACUUUGUCGGUGGGCAGGCGGGUUUACGUGAACCGGGACGAGAACCGACAGGUGGCCGCGGUGAUGCACCAUUCGGACACCAACAAUCUACUGCGGGUGGGAAGUUUGAUUUUUUUGAAUGUUGGACAGCUGUUGCCUCAUCAGUUGCAGAAUUUCCAUACGGCGAAUUAUAUAUAUCCGAUCGGUUACAAAAUAAUCCGUUUCUACUGGAGCAUGCGGUACCCGAACAAAAGAUGUCGCUACGUUUGCUCCAUUCACGACGCAUGCGGACGUCCGGAGUUCCGUGUCCUCGUCCAGGAGUACAACGAGGAAGACGUCGAAUUUAAGGACAGUACCCCGAAGGGUGCCUGGACCGCCAUAUUGGAGAGAGCGGCCGCAGCUAGAAAGGAAAACGAUUGUCUGAAAAUGUUCCCCAAAUACAUUUCGGGAGAGGAUCUCUUCGGUUUGACCGAACCGGCUAUUGUUCGGGUGUUGGAAAGUCUACCGGGUAUGGAAACGUUGUCCGAUUAUAAGUUCAAAUACGGAAGAAAUCCGUUACUCGAACUCCCAUUGGCGAUAAAUCCGAGUGGGGCGGCCAGAUCGGAGCCGCGUCUACGUCAUCAAACCCAUUGGAAACGGCCGCACACCCAACGUACCACCGGCUCUUCCCGACCCGUUUUCGGACCCUCCUCGGGUCCCACUACUCCGACCACUUUGGGGGAGAGCGUUUGCCCUUACAGCAAACAGUUUGUACAUUCCAAGAGUUCCCAGUAUAAGAAAAUGAAGCAGGAAUGGAGGAAUAACGUAUAUUUGGCCAGAUCCAAAAUCCAGGGACUGGGAUUGUAUGCGGCAAGAGAUCUGGAGAAACACACAAUGGUUAUUGAAUAUAUCGGCGAAGUAAUUCGAACGGAACUAUCGGAAUGCCGAGAAAAGCAAUAUGAAGCAAAGAAUCGAGGAAUUUACAUGUUCCGCCUCGAUGACGACCGAGUUGUCGACGCCACUUUAUCAGGCGGUUUGGCGAGAUACAUAAACCACUCCUGCAACCCGAAUUGUGUCGCUGAAACCGUAGAAAUCGAUAGGGAUUUGAAGAUUAUCAUUUUCGCGAAAAGACGGAUACAGAGAGGAGAAGAGUUGGCGUACGAUUACAAGUUUGACAUAGAAGAUGAUCAAAAUAAAAUAUCCUGUAUGUGCGGAGCACCCAAUUGCCGAAAAUGGAUGAACUAAAUUGGGGUUUCGCCACUAAUAGUUAAUAUAAUGCUUUCGAAAAACUAGUACAGUCAAGAAGACAAUAUCGUAUUUUUACACGUUUUUACUGUAAAGGAUACCUUAUUAAAAUUAUUCGUUAAGUCUAUCGCACCGUUAUUUGUAAAAAUAUGUCGUUUUUAAGUUGUAAAUUUAUGUUUAGUCACCGGGGUGACGACAGUUUUGCAAUAUUACAAAUCACUCGGUACUUUAUACGUUUGAUUUAUUUUGGGCGAGGCGCCUCUAGUUUAAAAGGUUCUUUCUUAUUGUAUGUACAUAAUUAAGUUGUAACUAUGUAGUGUCAAUAAAUAAUAAUUAGGGCAAAAA